GGCAGCAACAUGUGUCUCUCCUCCCCGUCUGGGCGGCCUGGCUUCCGGUUUCCGGCCUGUGUUCCAGGGGCUGCUGCUGCUGCUGAGGCGGAGGGAGGGAGGGAAGGAUGGUCCUGAUUAAGGAAUUCCGUGUCUGCCUGCCUAUAUCUGUGGAGGAGUACCAGAUCGGACAGCUGUUCUCCGUGGCUGAGGCCAGCAAGGACAACACAGGCGGAGGUGAGGGGAUAGAGGUCCUCAAGAAUGAGCCGUACGAGAGGGACGGGGAGAAGGGACAAUACACCCACAAGAUCUACCACUUACAGAGUAAAGUACCCAGUUUUGUUAAGAUGUUGGCGCCUGAAGGGUCCCUGAUAUUUCACGAGAAAGCCUGGAACGCGUAUCCCUACUGCCGGACAAUUGUCACUAAUGAAUACAUGAAAGACGAUUUCUUCAUCAAAAUCGAAACGUGGCACAAACCAGACUUUGGAUCCCUGGAAAACGUACACGGAUUGGAUGCUGAGACAUGGAAAGAGGUAGAGAUUGUACCGAUUGACAUUGCGGAUCGCUCAGAAAUCUCGGAAGAUGAUUACAAGCCAGAGGAGGAUCCUGCAACUUUCAGAUCAGAGAAGACAGGGAGAGGCCCCCUAAACCAGGAUUGGAUGAAAGAGGUGAUGAAUAACUCUUCGUGCCCUCACAUGUGUGCCUACAAGCUGGUGACCGUCAAAUUCCGAUGGUGGGGCCUCCAAGGUCGAAUGGAGAAAUUUAUUCACAAACAAGAGAAACGCCUCUUCACCAACUUUCACCGUCAGCUUUUCUGCUCGUUGGACCGAUGGGUGCACCUGAACAUGGACGACAUCCGUCGGAUGGAAGAUGAGACACAGAGGGAGCUGGAUGAGAUGAGGCAGAAAGGAACAGUCCGAGGGAUGACUGCAAAAGAUGAAUAAACUCGCUGGCUCCAUGGAUUUAACAGUUUCCUCUCAUAUACGGAGCCUGAACCAUCAUCCUUCCUCUCAUUGGCUGGACUGCGCAGGGGCCCUGUUCCCAGGGGCGUGAGGAACAGAACGGAGUGAAAAAGCUGCUGCCCACCUCCUCCAGCUGCUUCUUACCCACCCGUUCCAUGUUUCUCUUGUUCUUGCCUAGCUCUUCAGCGCAGAGUUCAGGCGCGCCCCCUGCUGGCUGUUCCUGUCAGUGUCGGACUCCGUUAACCCUUUCACUGCUGCUGGGUUGCGCUACCUCUCAGCGGGGGGAUACAAGAUGGCGGCAUUUCCAGGGUUGGACACUGUUAUGAGGGCGGGCUGAGGUUCAAUAGUGAAAUUAACCCUUCCCUGCUGGAAACUGAAGCUGAGCUGCCAGCGUUUAUGUACAUAAUGUAUUUGGGUUGUGUCAAUAUGCAGAACGGUUAGUACACAGCGCCCAUCGUUACUUCUGUUGUGUCCCUGCGUAUACAGCAGGUUGAUACGUGCUGUCCUGCCAGCAUUUAUAAAGCUCUACGAGGGGCUCAGCUACUACUCGGAUGUCUCGGAAUCGGGAAGGAGGCGGAAAUGCAUUUAAGCAAAAAAGAGGUUUCUACUUCCUAGGUUGAGGAUAUAGCACUGCUGUCCAGCAGUGGAGUGGUUAAUGCUGUAUGCUACUGGCCGGCAGUGUAGGGGUUAAUGUCACUAUGCACUACUGUCUGUCAGUGCAGGGGUUAAGGGUGCAAUUUAUGACAGGUCCUUCCACUUCAGGGGGCUUCAUAGGUGCGGCCCUUUCUGGGGGCUUCCCGGUGCACUGAGUGCCGUUUUUUUUGUUUUCUUGAGUUGAGAGGAGAGAGCGAUUUUUACUGAGAAGGGACCAGGAGGGUUGUGGGCGGGGCUGUAAUCAUGCCUAUGAUGGGAUUGGUGGGUGGGGUGUUCCAUUUUUGUUUUUAAGGGUGUCAUGUGACAGCAUUUAUGGAAAUAAAACAAAAUUAUAAUAACAA